UCAAACAAAAAGCCGAACCAAAGUUACACUGAGGAACUUUUCUCCUUUAACCCACGAGACAACGCAAGGACCCCGGCUCGACCAUGUUUAAAAAGUUCGACGAAAAGGAAAGCAUUUCCGGCGUGCAACAGCUGAAGUCGUCGGUGCAGAAGGGCAUUCGCAGCAAGCUGAUUGAGCAGUUUCCGUUCAUCGAGAGUCACAUCGAUCUCAUACUGCCGAAGAAGGAUGCGUUCCGGAUAGUGAAAUGUCACGAUCACAUAGAGAUUUUACUCAACGGCAGCGGCGAGCAGGUUUUCUUUCGGCACCGCGACGGUCUAUGGAUGCCAACGCUGCGAUUAUUCCACCGUUUUCCCUUCUUCCUGCCAAUGGAACAGGUCGACAAGGGCGCCAUACGGUUCGUGCUAAGCGGGGCCAACAUAAUGUGUCCGGGGUUGACAUCCCCUGGCGCCUGCAUGACGCCCGUGGAUAAGGGUACGGUGGUAGCCAUCAUGGCUGAAGGCAAGCAGCACGCCCUGGCGAUCGGACUGACGACCAUGUCGACGGAAGAUAUAGCCAAAUGCAACAAAGGUGUGGGCGUAGAAAAUUGUCACUAUCUCAACGAUGGACUCUGGCAGAUGAAGCCGGUCAAGUAAGGCUGUGAAGAAGAAAGGAUUGAUUUACCGAUGAUUUGGCGCCUCUUACCGUAAGGUGUAAAUACAUUUGCUUUGCAAAUCGA